UUUCGUUCCUGAGCAGCGAAGUUUAAAGUUCAUAGGUCAUUAAAUAAGCGUCCGGCAUGCGUCGCGACUUUGCACGCAGUUCAAAAUGGCUAAACAUCAUCCCGAUCUCAUCUUUUGUAGAAAACAAGCUGGAGUUGCCAUUGGACGAUUGUGUGAAAAAUGCGAUGGAAAGUGUGUGAUUUGUGACUCGUACGUGAGGCCCUGUACGCUGGUGCGCAUCUGCGACGAGUGCAACUACGGUUCCUAUCAGGGGCGCUGCGUCAUCUGCGGAGGGCCCGGGGUUUCCGACGCCUACUACUGCAAGGAGUGCACUAUCCAGGAGAAAGAUCGAGAUGGCUGCCCGAAGAUUGUAAACCUGGGUAGCUCCAAGACUGACCUCUUCUAUGAAAGGAAGAAGUAUGGCUUCAAGAAGAGGUGAUUACUUGGAUGGUUAAUCUGGAUCAUCCAAAACCCUGGUGGCUGUGUUUUGGCAGUCUCAAGGCAGGAAGAAUUCAGAAGGACCAAUUCAGAUAUGAUUGACGUGGGACCCAAAACCAUGAGGGCAACUUGAACGACUGUAGCACAUUCACGUCACACAACAUGGCCUGUUAAAAAAAACACAAUACAUUUUUGUUGGUGUAGGACUUCAUGAUAUAAUAAACCUGUUUUUGAAAGAUA